CCGAAACUACACCGCACAAGGGCUCCCCCCUUUCCCCGCCCCCUCCCCCGACCCUUUUCCCCUCCCCGGGCCACCCAGGCCGGCCCUACUCCCGAAGGAGAUUAAGGUUUCCUCCUAUUUCAUAGUCAACCAGAACAAUGUUCUACGCACAUUUUGUCCUGAGUAAAAGAGGGCCUCUGGCCAAAAUUUGGCUAGCGGCCCAUUGGGAUAAGAAGCUAACCAAAGCCCAUGUAUUUGAAUGUAAUUUAGAGAGCAGUGUGGAGAGUAUCAUCUCACCCAAGGUGAAGAUGGCACUUCGAACAUCAGGACAUCUCUUACUGGGAGUAGUUCGAAUCUAUCACAGGAAAGCCAAAUAUCUUCUUGCAGACUGUAAUGAGGCAUUCAUUAAGAUAAAGAUGGCUUUUCGGCCAGGUGUUGUUGACCUGCCUGAAGAAAAUCGGGAAGCAGCUUAUAAUGCCAUUACCUUACCUGAAGAAUUUCAUGACUUUGAUCAACCACUUCCUGACUUAGAUGACAUCGAUGUGGCCCAGCAAUUCAGCCUAAACCAGAGUAGAGUGGAAGAGAUAACCAUGCGAGAAGAAGUUGGGAACAUCAGUAUCCUACAGGAAAAUGAUUUCGGAGACUUUGGAAUGGAUGAUCGUGAGAUAAUGAGAGAAGGCAGUGCUUUUGAGGAUGAUGACAUGUUAGUAAGCACUAGUGCUUCUAACCUCUUACUUGAGCCUGAGCAGAGCACCAGCAAUCUGAAUGAGAAAAUUAACCAUUUAGAAUAUGAAGACCAAUAUAAGGAUGACAAUUUUGGAGAAGGAAAUGAUGGUGGUAUAUUAGAUGACAAACUUAUUAGUAAUAAUGACGGUGGUAUCUUUGACGAUCCCCCUGCUCUCUCUGAGGCAGGGGUGAUGUUGCCAGAGCAGCCUGCACAUGAUGAUAUGGAUGAGGAUGACAACGUGUCAAUGGGUGGGCCUGAUAGUCCUGAUUCCGUGGAUCCUGUUGAACCAAUGCCAACUAUGACUGAUCAGACAACACUUGUUCCAAAUGAGGAAGAAGCAUUUGCUUUGGAACCUAUUGAUAUCACUGUCAAAGAAACAAAAGCCAAGAGGAAGAGGAAGCUAAUAGUUGACAGUGUCAAGGAGUUGGAUAGCAAGACCAUUAGAGCCCAGCUUAGUGAUUAUUCUGAUAUUGUUACUACUUUGGAUCUGGCACCACCCACCAAGAAAUUGAUGAUGUGGAAAGAGACAGGAGGAGUGGAAAAACUUUUCUCUUUACCUGCUCAGCCUUUGUGGAAUAAUAGACUACUGAAGCUCUUUACACGCUGUCUUACACCGCUUGUACCAGAAGACCUCAGAAAAAGGAGGAAAGGAGGAGAAGCUGAUAAUUUGGAUGAGUUCCUUAAAGAAUUUGAAAAUCCAGAGGUUCCCAGAGAUGACCAGCAACAGCAACAUCAGCAACGUGAUGUUAUUGAUGAACCCAUUUUGGAAGAGCCAAGCCGCCUCCAGGAGUCUGUGAUGGAAACCAGCAGAACAAACGUGGAUGAGUCAACCAUGCCCCCACCACCCCCUCAGGGAGUUAAGCGAAAGGCCGGACAAGUUGACCCAGAGCCUGUGAUGCCUCCUCAGCAGGUUGAGCAGAUGGAAAUACCCCCUGUCGAGCUCCCUCCAGAAGAGCCUCCAAAUAUCUGUCAGCUAAUACCAGAGCUAGAACUUCUACCAGAAAAGGAGAAGGAAAAAGAGAAGGACAAAGAGGAGGAGGAAGAGGAGGAGGAUGAAGAUGCUUCAGGGGGUGAUCAGGAUCAAGAAGAAAGAAGAUGGAACAAAAGAACUCAGCAGAUGCUUCAUGGUCUUCAGCGAGCACUUGCUAAAACUGGAGCUGAAUCUAUCAGUUUGCUUGAAUUAUGUCGAAACACAAACAGAAAACAAGCUGCAGCAAAGUUCUACAGUUUCUUGGUUCUUAAAAAGCAGCAAGCUAUUGAGCUGACACAGGAAGAACCAUACAGCGACAUCAUCGCAACACCUGGACCAAGAUUCCAUAUUAUUUGAGCAGCUAGAAGCAUUAUAGCUAGUGUUAAUUUCACUAGUGUGUACAAAUUGCCCCCAUGUGCAGGGCACACAAAACCCCUCCAGAAAAUUUAGAUUUUUGUCUGUACAAAGUGUCUGCUUUUUUAUUUCAUUUUUCUCCAGUAUUUUAAAUUUAUCCAUUUCGUCUUUAAGGAAACUGCUUAUAUGGAUUGUGUUUGUGUUCUGAUGGAGGAAACAAGCACCCAAGGACCCAGAAGAUUAUUUUAACAGUUCAGAACAGAUGUGUGCAAUAAUGGUGCAUGAAAUAAUGUUGAGUAGCAGUUGAAAGUCAUGAUUUUUAUCUUAAUUCUCCAUUACUUCUUUGAAAAGGUAAACCUGUCUCGGAAAAUGUCUGAUAAUUUCAUUAAAAAAUAUAGUGUGAAUCUUUGACA